AUGCAAUUUAACUCUGCCAUCAAAGCUGAAGCAGCUCCUUCUGUUAUUACGAUUCUGAAUAAACAUGAGAAAGACAUGACAAAUCAAAAAAUAUCUGAUCCGAUGGAGAUAUUGGAAGGAUUGGCUGUUCGUCUUCAUAGGAUUGAAGGAAAGGUGAAUCAGAUGGAAGAAAAGAUGGACAUGUUGAUCUCAUUGAUUAGGUCAAAUAAUGAAGUUAAAAUUGGCUUUGUAAAGCCGAGGCAGAGAGCAUGUUUGAGGAUGAAUCAUCCUUUGAUGAUGAACCUUAUAGCCGUUUUGGUCCUUUUGUCGGUGGUCGUGGUGUUGGUCCUUUUGUCGGUGGUCGUGGUGUUGGUCCUUUUGUCGGUGGUCGUGGUGAUGAUCCUUUUGUCUUUGGCCAUGGUGGUGAUCCUUUUGUCUUUGGCCGUGGUGGUGGUCCUUUUGUCGGUGGUCGUGGUCUCUUUGUCGGUGGUCGUUAUGCUGGUGGUCGUUGUGGCGGUCAAGGAUUUUGUGGAGCUUGUUGAGGUUUUAGGUGGCGGAGGAAGAUAGAGACCUACUUUUGCUACUCAGUUUGAGCUUCUUUUUUUUUUUUUGUUUAUUUUGUGGCAGUUUUGGCGGUUUAACUUGUGAUAUAAUGCAACCUUUUCAAUAGUUAGGUUUUUUCUUAUGUUCUAUAGUUAUGGUUUUGUCUGAAUGUUAAAGUCCUCAAUUUUGAGUGCUUUUGGUGUUAGAUAAACACAAUGAAAACAGGUUUAUUUCUUAUGAAAAGAGGCAAGAAAUAUGUGUUUAUCUCUGAUGAAUGGCAUAUUCUUAUUAUUA